AUGGACUGCCAUACUGUAUUUAUUGUACUGUUUGUGACGAUCCAGUAUGGCUGUACAGUGGGCGAGCAUAUAACACCUGUGCCUGUUUUGGAAGCGAAUCGUGAAAUCGACAUUUCCACCCAACUCUGCCGAGGAUACGACCGUAUCGUCGUGUCGCCCCCUGUCCCAAACAAGCCAUUCGAUUUCUUCUACGCCAUUCCUGCUUCGAACAAUUCUCACCUGGCUUUCAUUGAUGUGUCGGUUUCCACGGGCAGCAAGAAGACGAAAUUGGAGGUCGUCAAAUCCAGCGACAAUUUGAUUAAGUAAGG